AUGGUAAAGACUAGACGCGGUGCAGUAGCAGAAACUACAAAAACUGAUUACGAGAGGCAGCGGGACAAGAACAUAGCAGAGAAUAAUGCAAGAUUUGAAGCACUUGGCCUCAACAAAUUUUCAGCAACUGUAAAUUCAUUUGCAAAUGCAUUUGCAAGUUCAACGGGAAUAAGGGAAGGGGAACAGGGUAGUCGUGCUGGAGAUACAUAUGAUUCAGAUUAUCUCCCUGAAACUGCAGAGCAGGUUCAGGGAGACACCGAUGAUGAUACGUCAUUAGACGAGGAGCUAGUCGACGAGCCUGUUCCUCUAAUGAUUAUUGAGAAAAUCAGUGCAAGGCGCCGAAAAGGAACUGUAGAAAUGCCACCUGGAGGUGCAAGAAAGAGUAAGCGAGUGAGGUCUCAAGCUCCAGAUGAGAGACCUGCUGAAGCUGAAGAUGUAGCUGUUCAUGGAGGAACCCAGGGUAAGAGAAUUAGGCCAAGUCCUUCCAAUGAGAGGCCUCCAGGUGUGGCAACAAGGUCCUCCUCCACAAGGCAACAGCCAACUCAACCAAGUGAUGAAGGUCAGCAAGGGCGCUAA